CCGCGAUGACAGUGCCCGCCUCCUCCGGAGUUGCCCUAGCAACUAAGUAUUCCACAUUUAGCGGCUAAGUCUUGCACUGAGUCAGCUACUCGGAAUGGAUAGUACCGUAGUAACUGUUUAGGUACUGCUGCUUGGAGAGUUGAGGGAACGCGAAUUGGGCACAAGGUGGAGCUAAAGGGCCAGGGGUGGUUGCCUUGGUUUUUACGAUAGUAGGGACGGACGCUAAAGGCACAAAAGGUGGGCAGCAACAAUAGAGAGAAUUUCAACCGGUGCAGCUUCUGCCCACGCCUGAAAGCAUUAACUCUGGAAAAUGUCAGAUGAGGAACCUGAUGAUGAAAAUGAUACUGAAGAAGAAAUUGAAGAAAAGAAAGAAGAAAGGGAGGUGGAGGUAGAAGGGGAAGGAGAAAGGGAAGGGGAUGAAGAAGAGGAAGAGCCUCAAGUUUCAACCUCUCUCAAUGAAGAGAUGAUGAAGGAAGGCCUCUCACUUUUAUGUAAAACUGGCAAUGGCCUUGCACAUGCCUUUGUGAAAUUAGAAGUUAGAGAAAAGGAACUGACAGAUAUCACAUUCAUCCAUAAUUUCAUCCAUCUACGGUAUGUAGACUUGUCAGACAAUUUGCUCCGUGACCUCUCUCCAUUGGCAUUUCUCAGACAUUUGCUGUGGCUGAAAGUAGAUAAUAAUCGGUUAACCAGUGCCAGCAUAGAAGAGUUGCCCUACUUGCAGAUUGCAAGCUUUGCCAACAACCACAUCAAAGACACUAUUGGCAUUUGCCACCCACGUUUGGCCAGCCUUAACCUGAGAGGCAAUGCGAUUGAGGUACUAUCAGAACUGAAUCCAAAUAUCCUGUCAAAACUGCACACAAUGGAGUUGCGAGGAAACAGUCUAAAGUCUACAGCUGGAAUCUACUUGCCCAAACUCAAAAACCUGUACCUGGCUCAGAAUACUAUUAGUCGUCUAGAGGGCUUGGAAAAUCUGGAGCAACUCACAACUCUACACUUGCGUGACAAUCUAAUUGAAGUGUUGGAUGGUUUCUCAAGCAACAUGAAAUCUCUUCAGUACCUCAACCUACGGGGAAAUGCAAUUGCACAAGUACAGGAAUUGGAAAAGUUACAAGUGCUGCCCAUGUUACGAGCCCUGGUCUUGUUAGAAAAUCCUUGUUCUGAUGAGACGGAAUACCGUCUAGAAGCCCUGGUCUUGCUCCCAAACCUGGAGCGCCUUGAUAAAGAUUUCUUUGAGGAAGAAGAACGCAAUGAGGCUGCAGAUAUACGUCAAAGGCGAAAGGAAGAAGAGUUGGAGUUACAGAAAGAAAGAGAGAGAGAGAAGGAGCUUGAAGAAGCAGAAGACACCACUCAAGAAGAUUUAACAACUGAGUGAUAAGUAUAUGUAAGUCCCUGGAAAGGAGUAAGAGCUGUAAGCUGCCUUUCAGAGUCUUCUUCCAUGUGUUGUACAGCUCUGACCCAGUUAGCACUAAU